CUAAAACCCAUCAUAGAAACCGUCCUCCGAACUCCCGCCCCAUGCAAACGCUCAUCCUCUUCUAACUCUUCUCCGUCUUGCCUCGCCGCGCUUCUCUCCUGCGAAACCCUAAACCUAACCCUAGGUUUUUAUUUUCUUGGAUUAUUGGGGAGAGCAAUGGCGGUGUCUACGAUGGUUCCGGUGCCGGCGCUCUACGUCGGGGACCUCCACGGGGCAGUGACGGAGGCGCACAUCUUCGAGCUCUUCUCCUCCGUCGGGACGGUGACGUCCGUCCGGGUCUGCCGCAAUUUCGCCACCGGGCGCUCCCUCGGCUACGGCUACGUCAACUACAUUUCCGCCCAAGAUGCCGAGCAUGCUUUGAUGAGGUUGAAUCACGCUGUUUUGAUUGGCAAACCGAUAAGAAUUAUGUGGUCCCAUCGGGAUCCCAAUACAAGGAAAAGCGGGGUUGGAAAUCUAUUUGUGAAGAACCUAAGUGACUCCAUCAGUAAUGCAAGGCUUCAUCGGAUAUUUGAGAAAUUUGGGACAAUUUUGUCGUGUAAAGUUGCUACAGAUGAUGAUGGGAGGAGCAGAGGGUAUGGAUUUGUUCAAUUUGACAAACAAGAGUCGGCAGAAUCUGCCAUUGGGGGGCUCAAUGGAGCCACUGUCGAAGGCAAGCAAAUAUAUGUUGGGAAUUUCAUCAAAAAGAGUGAACGUGUAAUGCUGAGCCCUGAAGCUAAAUAUACUAACCUAUACAUGAAGAACCUGGACCAGGACAUAACAGAAGAACUUAUUGAACUGAAGUUCUCUGAGUUUGGCAAAAUUUCUAAUGUAAAAAUUGCAAAAGAUGAUAAUGGGAACUCAAAGGGAUUUGGGUUUGUGAACUUUGAAAGCCCUGAUAGUGCCAAAAGGGCAGUGGAAGCUAUGAAUGGAGUUCAACUUGGAACCAAGACCCUGUAUGUGUCAAGGGCUCAGAAGAAAGCAGAACGGCAACAAAUUUUGGGGCGUUUGUAUGAGGAAAAGCGUAAUGAGCAGAUCAGGAAAUGCAUGGCCUUAAAUGUCUAUGUCAAGAACAUUGAUGAUACCGUCGAUGAUGAUGCUCUGCGGGAAUGUUUCAAUCAAUGUGGCGGCAUCACUUCUGCAAAAAUUAUGCGUGAUGAUAAAGGAAUAAGUAAAGGAUUUGGGUUUGUCUGCUUUAGCAGUCCAGAGGAAGCCGACAAAGCUGUGAACACUAUGCAUGGAUGUAUGUUCCAUGGAAAGCCUUUGUAUGUUGCAAUUGCUCAAAGGAAAGAGGAGAGACAGGCUCAAUUGCAGCUUCAAUAUGCUCAGCGCAUGGCAGGAUUGACAGGAUCUCCAACUGCUGUUAUGCCUGCUGGAUAUCCCCCUCUUUACUACACUCCUCCUGGUGUUGUCCCACAAAUUAUUCCAAGGCAGGACCUUGUUUAUCAACCCUUUGGACUUAGACCUGGAUGGAGGCCUAGUGGAUUUGUUCCUCCACUAGGGCCAGCUUUCCAACCAAUGCCGCUUCCAGUGAUGCCAAAUGCCCCAAGGCAACAUAGACAAAAUAGGGGUCGGAUGAAUGGACCUUUGCUGCCUCAGCCUGGACAGUCUGUUCCAUACCUGCCACAUUUGCAACAAGCAAACCAUUUGAAUUCUUCCAAAGAUUUUAACGGCCCGCAGCGAUUUGGGCAGCGCAAGUAUGUGCCAAAUGGACGCCAGCGUGAAAUGAAUCAUGGAUCAAUGGUUCCACCUAGCGCUCCAAACUUGCAAGGUACAGAGAUGCUCAGCAGCAAGCUUGCUGCUGCAACCCUGCCGCAACAAAAACAGAUGCUUGGUGAACGCCUUUUCCCCUUGGUUGAAAAACUUAAGUUUGAUCUUGCUGGUAAAAUUACCGGAAUGCUGUUGGAGAUGGACAAUUCUGAAUUGCUUCUGCUAUUGGAGUCACCAGAAUCAUUGGCUGCCAAAGUGGAAGAAGCGGUCAAAGUGCUGAAGCUAUCCAAAACCAAUGUAGGUGAUCAAGAGUCUCUCCGCCCCAAUUACUUCUCAACUGAGGUUGCCGUCAACUGAAAGGAAUACAGAUUCUGAAAAUACCAUUUUUUUGAAUUACAGGCCAUCAGUCAUACUCUGUAAUUAGGGCUUAUGUGAUUUUUAUUAUUGAGUGUUUCUCCAUUUUGCUGCUAGAGCAUGGGAAGUUCACUUAUGUGCUCCCCAGGACAUUUUGACAUAGUCUAGUUGUUUCAUUGUCGCCAUAACUGACAAUCUAGUGUUGGAGAUUUUUUGACCUUUUCUUUAUAAAUGACUGAUUAUAGAACCUUCUAUAUUUCUGGAUUGUGCUGUUACAUG